AUGUGUGUUUAAAUAUUAAAUUAUUAUCGUUAAACAUAAAUAUUACUAAAAAUAAAUAGAGUUUUUACUUACUUUUUACCAUAAAUAGACAAUUUUAGUAUUACUUUAGAUUUUUUGAUGAGUUUUAUUCUUAAAAUAAUAAAUAAGUAAAUAUUUUGUUCAAAAAUAAAGUAAAAAAAUCUUUAGAUUAAUAAUUAUUGUUUGCUUUCUAGCAUAUCAAUUAAUUUAAUUCAAAAAUUUAGUUUAUUAUAUAUAUUAAGUUGUUUGAUAUAAUAUUAUAAAUUAAUUUUAAUGAAUAAAUUAUCAAAAUUUUUGUAUACUUAAUAUUUAUUGUUGAUGCAAAUUAAUAUUCUAAUUCAAAAAUUAUUAAAAUUAUAUUAUUUUCUACUGAUAGAAUAUUUUAAAUCAAUUUGUAUUGAUAUUUUCAAAUUACAAUUGGCUCUUUGGAUUUUCAUUUUGCUGAACCCCUACUUAUUGUUCUUCAUAAAAAGAAAAAUCUUAUAAAAUUUUUUUAUUAUUAUUGCUAUAUCCUGCACCGUCUGCAUAAUAAUUUAAAGGAGAUAAAUUAAUAUUUUAAUUAGAAUUAAAGCUUUCAUUUGA